UGUAUGAAGCUUAUUGUGUGAAUGCUGUAGGCAUCCCUACAGUUAGGAAAAUAUGGCCAUUUGUUCAAGGGGAAUCCACAAAACCAGAAAUACACUGCAGAUUGAGGAGCUCCAGGCUGUUUGACUGACAUAAUAUUUGUUCUAAAACAUAGUAAUUCUGCCAAAUCAUGGUAUUUCUGCUACUUUAUGGUAUUUGUGCUAAACACAGUAUUUCUGCUAAAUCAUAGUAUUUCUGCUAAAUUAUAGUAUUUCUGCUCAGUUAUUGUGUUUCUCUUAAGUCACAAAAUUUUUGCUAAGAUGUUAUGUUAAUGUUCCAUGUCAGAAAUACAUUGCAGACAGCCUCUGUCUGUGUCUGUGUGAGCUAGGGGUGCAGCUGUACUGACAGGAAAAAGGUAGAUUGAAAUUGAGCAGUUCCAGGCUGUUUGACUGGCAUAGAUACACACAGGCCACACUCUUAAUAGCCCCUGUUCACUCCAUGCUCUGUGUCCUAAAUUAAAUGUAAAAACAUACACACACUCUGACACACAGAUGCAAAUAUAAACGCACAGAUAAAUUCCUCGCAUGCGUCUUCAGCAUUACUGGGUUUCUGCAGCUCCUGGUUUUUGUGUUUAAUACAUUCCAGCACACAAGCAAUUAAACACUAUGAAUUGUUCCACAAUAUUUGCAGUCACUUUAUAAUGGGUAAGUUGUGAAAAGGCAGUCACUGAUCAUCACUAUAACAUUUUGACAAUAAAUUGUAUUUGAAUAAAAUUAUUUCCUGUAGCCUAAAUAUGUCUCUGUACCUGAAUAGAACUAAAGAUUUUUCUCAUAGGGUUAAUAACAUGUCUACCAACUAUUUCAUGUCCAAAUUACUGCUGAGAGUUACUCCAAAAACUUCCUUUAGUGGCUGUUCAUCAGAAUAUUUAUUUAUUUUUUGACAUGAAAAUCAGUAACUGUUUGUUUUUAACACCUAAAAUUCAAUGUGAUGCUAUUAUCCUGCCAAACAACAUAAAAGUCUCCAAAAAGGUUAAGUAUGGAACAUAUUAUAAAUGGAAAAUCUUAUAUUGCACUCUAAGCACAAUAAAUGUGGCAGGAAAGAUCAGUGCUCUGUUGCAGUAUGCAGAGUACACUUGUACAUUUUUCACAGUACCAAAAACACAUUGGCUUUGCAGACUGAUGAUCAAACACAGAGAUAGAGGUUGCAGAAAAAUUACAAAUACCUGAACGUUGCUGUCUUAUGUCAUGCAGUCACCUAAAGGUAGUAAGUUUGACCUUCGGAGGGUCAUCAUGACUAGGUCAUGCAUGCUGAUUUCCAGUCAUGUGACUGGCUGAUUAGAUAUUUGUCUUAAUGAGCAGUUGAGCAGGUGUACCUAAGUUACCCGAGAUUAGUCAUUAGGCCUUUUAAAAAGUAUUACUGCCCUUUGUGCAUUAAUAUUUCUAGUAACACUACUUUAACUGCAGUGAGCACGUGAGACAUCCCUUUUUAUGGAAAAGGAAGGAAAAGUCAUAUUUAUUAUUUUUCACAUAUUACACAGACUGUUUGGGCUGACCGAACAGGCUCAGACUGAAGCAGUGCAGUUCCUGGCAUAUUUUCAAGUAUCAUUAAAGUUAUCACGUGUAUAAAUCUCACCAUUAGAUGUCAGUAGAUUGCAGAUUGCAGUCAAUGCAGUCGCUUUUCUUAUCCCUCCUAAUUCAAGUGCAUAAACUGAUCUACGUUAGCUCUGGUAAUUCUGACGAUCGUUCAAUAAAUCUUUGUUUAAUCUCCAAAAGUUGAAUCUGUUCAUCUGGACGUAGCGUUUUGUGGGAGAAACGUUUCGUCACUCAUCCAAGUGACUUCUUCAGCUACGCUACGUCCAGAUGAACAGAUUCAACUUUUGGAGAUUUACUUUCCUGGAUGAUUGAGAAUGCAUCAAGACCUUUGCUUAAUCUCUUUAUUUGCUUUUUGGAGAAGUGAAGUUACAAAAACUUCUUCAAUCAAAUUUGCUUUGGUGGACAGAAAACAACCGUUGACUGUUUGGGGUUACCUUUUAUAAGUACUGAAUUUUCAAAAGUGAAGUCAGUUCUUCUGACCAGGUUCAGACCAGGAUAAACAAAAGUAUAAUAUUGAACCUGAAGUAUGAUCCUCCCACCCACUAAGGGAACCGCUCCCAGCUGUGGGUUCACCUCCUCCUGCUGAACUCAGAGCAGCAACCAGUCCAGAGAGAGACUCUAACGUAGCAUCACUUUCAUGGUUCACUCCUGAACUCCUGUGAAGCAUGACGAAUGUGGCCUCUCUAAAUAUCAGUAACUAAGAAAACAUGUCAGUAGGCAUCCUAGUAAUUAAUGACUUCAUUAUUUGGGGUAUUAUUGUUAUAAAAAAUAAUAAUAAUAGUAUUAUUAUUAUUAUUGUGCUUCGGGCUUUAGGCUGUACUGAUAACGCAGAGGUCUCUUCCUCUGGGCUGUUUAAAGGGCCAGUUUAUCCAAAUGACCAAAGCUGUGUAUAUACCAGCUGCUGUCAGGCUUCAAAUGUUUGCAUUGGUCCCCUCCACAGUCCACUGUUUUGUAAGCCAUUGCUUUACUGCAUAAGUUCCCAUCUACUGUAACAAAAUGGAGAUAAGCAGGCACAUAAAGGCAUGCUGUAGGUUGACUUUGUCUUUUCUGAUUCGUCGGUUUGUGUGGCUCUUUUCACAGGAGUGACCUAACCCACACUUUAUUUACUUAUAUGAUAAAUGAAGUUGUAAUGUGGUGCAAAAUACACAGUGUUUUCUUUUAAUUUAAUAACAUGAAGCUGCAUCAAGUUUCCAUGGUGACUGUUCAAGAAAUUCUGCAUUCAUAAACAAACAUCAGACUGUCAAAGGAGCUCAUCUGUGUGACAAGACCACCGAGUGGAGAGCAUUUUCAGGUCGAGAUCCCACCGUACGCCAUCAUUGGAGAGCAUUUAAAAGGUUUUCUUCCCGACUGUGAUUUGACAACGUCUAAAUGGAAUCAAGUCAAGGAAUCUAUAAACCUAUCAGGGUGUUGUUCAACACACCGAUUUAUGAAACAGCUGUAAAGAUCUGCUGGCAUCUUCCGGGCUACAGGACUCAGAUUGCAAUUAUGACGGAGUUUCUCAGACUUCAGCAGGAAGAUCUAAUUCCACCUAACCUCACUGCUGAAGAUCUGAGAGAUCUUUUGGUGGAGAAGAGCAGGGAGACACUCAGAGAGCAGCUGUGGGAGUUUAAAUUGGAGGAUUUUGAAGAAGAGGAAGCCAAACCUCUUCUAAGGCUGGUAUGGGCAGUGAACGUCAUCAAUAAAAUGAGGGACGUUGAAUUUCAAGCUAGAAUGCUUCUUCGGUUCCCAGAGGCCAUGCCUCCUAAAUUUCAAGCACCUAAACUCCUCAGCGUGGUGAAGGAUUACAUUGAAAUCCUGAAAAAGAAGCAGCAGGAACAGCAUAACAGCAAAUUGCUCACCGCGCAGGAGGUAGUGAUCGAGGUAGUUCCCCGCGUUCUCCAGGGCUUCUGGGAGCUUCCUCCUCGUCCCCUCCUAAACAUGGCCUCCCAGAGUCUAAGCAUCCUCUCCACGAGUGUCACCAAGGCCACUUUAGAUCGUGUCGCCAAGAGUCUCACGGCGGAAACACAGGCCAUCUUCACCCGCUCCAUCCGAGACAAUAUGGUCGACAGCAUCCUGACGGAGAUCAGGCAGAAAUUUCCACCAGAAAUUCUGUCUAUCAAAAUUGCAAACUUUGCACCAGUGUUGCUGAAGACCAUUGCUGAUGUAGCAAUGAUCCGGAUAUGUGAAAUGUUUGAGCCCCCUUCAAGUCUUCCUGAUGUGAAGAACACAAAUGAAGAACGCUCCUCUGACGGUCUUUCAAUGGCAAAUGUUCCACCAGCCGAAGGAUCUUUUUCAGAAGGUGUGCCAGAGCCUGAUGUUCCCUGUGAGGAACUUCUUCCUGAAAGUUCACCUAGUCUGAAGGCUGAAGACCUUACAAUUGAAGGAGCUCUUUCAGAAAGUGUGGCAGUGGCUGACGUUCCCUGUGAGGAACCCUUUGCCGAGUCCGAAUCCAGUGUUAACGGCAAAGAUCUUAAGAUCGAAGGAUCUCUUUCGGAAAUUGGGCCAGUUCCUGAUGUUCCAUGUGAGGAACCUUUUCCUGAACCCAAAUCCAGUAUGAAGUCUAAAGACCAUCAGCUCAAUAAUAAUAAGAAGAAAAGGGGCUUCUUCAAAAGACUUAAAAGUCUGUUCUGCUGUUGUUGCAGACCAAAAGACACUGACUGACAUUGAAACUGAAAUUGUCACCGUACUGGGUCUGUGACCCAGCACUGGUGUUCCAGUAACUGUAAAUGUGUAAAUUUGUUCCUUGAUGAUUGUUGUUCAUGUUUUGGGGGUUUCUUUAGUUUUCAGUGGGCUGGGUGUUUUUUCUUUCCCUUUGUGUUCUUUACUUAAUUCUUGUUCAUAGUUCCUGAUUUGUUUUCCUAGUUCUUGUUACUUAGUUUUUAGUUUUUUGAGUCCAGUUGAGUUUCUAUAUGAGUUUUGAAUUUUUGGUUUGUUUUUGUGACGUUCAUCUCUAAUGAAAAUGUUUUUCCAGCAAAUUUAAGUUAAAUUAAUAAUACAUUAAAAGUGAAAUAAAUUAAGUCAUUCCAUGUAAGAGUCCUGUGUUUGGGUCCUACAACCUGCCUGUCACAGCACAC